AAUACAUAUGGAGCAUAGGAGCUGAUUUGAGAAAUGGAGAAGUAUUUUUAAAACAACUAAUAUGAAAGGUAUGCAAGACUGGAUUUUAUAUUUUAGAGACUUGUCAAGGAUGAUAUAACACCAAGCAAGUACCUACAGUAACCACAGUCAUAGCUACAUAACUGGUAGCUAAUUUAUGAGGGAACAAUGCACUUGACCCGUCCAAAAUCUUCUAAGGGACGUAGUAGACCAACCAUAAGUCACAACCCACACAUGGAUACCUUCCAAAACCCACCGGUGACGCCAAAGCCACCUGCAACGGAAUAUGAUAGAUCAGAGCGCGUCCUCCGCUCCUUCCCUCACUCAUUCAACAAGCAGACAAGCCAGUUGAGUACAGAAAAAGUGGCAGAACUUCUACAAAACGUACCUGCUGCUCCUUCUCUUUCUCUAAACAAAUACAAAGUCCUCCCCUCAAUUGAGAAGAAGCCAAAAGAGGACAUGUCAGAGCGUGGCAUGGAGGAAAAAACCUCCAAACUUAGUCUGUCUGACAACCUUAUCCUUCAGGGACGGCCAUCUGUGAGGACCCACACCAUGAUCCGCAGCAACCCAGAGAUGAAGAACGUGGCAGAGGUGCAAUGCAAGGUCUGGCCCAAGCCUCCAGGCCUGGACACCAUGACCACUGACACACAGAGCCCUUCAGGUAUCCCCCCUGCCAGUUUGCUCCUUGCCAUUCGUGAACCAUUUGGAAAAAGGUUUGAGCACCACUUUCUACACACAGACUCCCUGCUCACAGUGAUAGCGUGUGCCGAGGCGAGAUAUGGGAUGAGAUUUGAGCAUGGUUUCAUUGAGACCAUGGAUGUUCCCAGAAGGACCUUCACAGAUCUGAAAUUGACUUUGGCUCAGUGUGGCAUAGUGAACAGGUCUGUGUUGUACAUCACUCAAGAUGCAGAUGAACCUUAAUGGAUUACAAAGUAAUGCCCAUAUAUGAACUAUAGGUUUUUCUGAAAUGUAUCAUAUAUACAGUAUAUAUAUAUUUUA